UAAACAGUCUAACCUUCUUUUGCUCCUUUAGCAAUAAUUUAAGAUGUAACGUUUAGUUUAACUAGUUUCAUUUAAUAUUGAUAUAUGUAAGCAGACAUAUAUAGUUUGUAGUCCAUCAAUAAGUUUUGUAACAUCAUUAUAACAUGUCAAGACCAUUGCUUGUUAAACCAACCCUAAUUAGUAGAGGUAUAUUUUCUGCAACUAUCCUUAGUGGAAGUGCUGUGAUUGGAGUAUCCCAUUUCAUUAAGCAUACAUUUUUAUUAAAUUUCUUAAAAAACAGAAUUGAGUUACAAGGGGAGGAUGGGCCCAUUAAACCAACUGAAAAACUUACGUCAAUUUUUAACGAUGUUUCGAAUGACGUAAAAGAGUUUGUCAGCAACCACACUUUUAUGGUUCCAUUUCUAGUUCCUGGCAUACGCGUUAUACACGGAGGAACAUAUGGUACUAUCCAGGGUGGCAUCGUUGGACUGCCUGCAUUCUUCGACUUUAAUACUAAAGAAGAUGUGGAAAAAAAUGUAGUGGUGAAUGGACCAUCACAUUUAAGUGAAGAAGAAUUAAGUGAUAUGUUUUUACUGAGUGAUGAAGCUAAAAAAUAUGUAAUAGCACGUGAAAUCCUGCUUAUAAACUCAAUGCAUGUGUACAUUAAAACAUGCUUACCCGUACUUGUAGCAUACUCAACAGAGAUGUUAUCAAAACUGAUCGCAAGACACCAGAAGUUAACACAAUUUCCUGUGCAAGUAAGAGCCGUCUACUACCUUCUAGUGACGGUUGUCGGGCUGAUGAUCUGGAAUGUUUUAUCCAAUAAUUUUAAACACUAUUAUGAGGCAGAUGUGGAGAAUAAGAUAUGUAAACUUGACAGUAACUACAUGAGAGGGGGCAUUGAAUAUUACAGCAAAGAGUGUAAGCGUAACCAAUUUCAAGUCAACUUUAAGAAUCAGACUAGCUCUUUGCUAAAAACUGUUGAUGAUUUCAUAGUGUCAUUACUCUCUUUUAAAGAAAUUCCUGUUGUUAGAAAAAUAGCGUAUUUAAAAGCUCAUUUAGAUCUAGAUAGUAAAAAAUUAGCUGCUGAGUGAA